UUAGCUGCUGGUCACUGUAAUGAGGCCUCAUUACAUGACAUUACAGCAGGCAGGGGAGCGGGACAGGCCCUGGACAGUGACACGGUGACAGGGGCUCGGUGCAGCAGAGCCAGGCUGUGGGUGGGGGAGCGAGGUGGGGGGACACGGAGGACAGUGACCUUGACACCCAGCUGUGGGGCACGGGGGAGUCCCAACUGCAUGUGUGGGGUGACCUGUUGUCAGCCCCAGCUCGGUGACAGCCCCCAGUGCAGUGCAGUGCUUGGGGUGGCAGCGUCCCCAGGAGACACCUCGUGGUCCCCAGCAGUGUGAGGGGAUUCCUGGAGACAUGGCAAGAUCCUCAGGGGCGUAGCAGCGUCCCAGAGAUGUGACAGUGUCCCUGAGAACUGUGCCAGGGUCCCCAAGGGAGGGCCCCAGGGGCUGUGCUAUGGCCCCGGAGGGGUGUGUCACCAUCCCCUGCAGUGUGCUUGUGUCCCCAGGGGCUGUGCCAGCAUCUCCAGGGAUUGUGCCAGUUUCCCAAGCACUGUGCCAGGCCCUGGGAGGGGGGAGGGUGUGUUGGUGUACCCGAGGGGGUGCCAAUGUCCCCAGGGGCUCUGCCAGCGUUGCCAGGAAGAGUGCCAGUUUCCCAAGGGCUGUGCCAGGUCCCCAGCAGGGUGCUGAUGUCCCUGGGGUGAGGUGUGUUGUUGUGGUGUCACCAGUGCUCACACCAGGGUGUGCAGCAGUGUGCCAGUGUCCCCACGGCUGCCCAGGUCCCCUGGGGAUGCUGGCGUCCCUGGGAUGAUGUUGGUGUUCCCAGGGGUGUGUUGUCUGUGUUGUCACCAGAGCACACACCAGGACGCCCAGCAGUGUCCCCAGGAUUGUGCCAGGUCCUGCCAGGCUGGCUCAGGGCAACAGGGACAGCACGGGGAGGGUCCUGGCACAGUGGGGGGACCGAGUCCCCCUCGGGGGCCAGAGGUGCUGUCAGGGGCCCGAGGCACUAUCGGGGACCGGCAGCCUGGGGGACCCAAGUGUGCUCCUGGGAGAUUAGGGGGGGAGUCCGUGGGGGUGUGGAGAUGCAUCCCAGCCACACUGCCAGGGUUCAAACUCCACGGCGGCGAAGGUGACGGUGACAGCAGGAGGGCCUGGCCUCGUGCAGACUGCAGCGGGCAGGAUGAGCAGUUCUCUCUGGUCUUCACCAUCGGCUCCUUCAUGAACAACUUCAUGACCUUCCCCAUGGGUGUCGUCUUUGACCGCUUCGGCACCACAGCUGCGCGCCUCAUCGCCAUCUCCCUCUACACUGGCGGGACCCUGCUCGUCGCCUUCUCCACCCCAGAGAUGGCGGUGCUGCUGUUCCCGGCCAUGUCCAUGCUGUCAGUGGGUGGCAUCCUCCUCAUCCUCACCAACAUGCAGGUGGGCAACCUGUUCGGGAACUACCGCUCCAUCAUCAUCACCCUCUACAACGGGGCCUUCGACUCCUCCUCCGCCAUCUUCCUCAUCGUCAAGCUGCUGUACGAGCGGGGGCUGUCCCUACGGGCCAUGUUCCUUUUCCUGGCGGCCUGCAGCGCCUGGCACCUCCUGCGCACCCUCUUCCUGAUGCCGCGCACCCGCAUCCCCUACCCGCUGCCCCCCGACUAUGACUACGGGCUGCAGUGCCGGGGGCGCUCCCGCUCCUACCGAGCGCACAAGGACAAGCGGCCUCCGGGAGAGGCCGGAGCGGAGGAGACACCCCUGGAACCCGCCACAGCUCGAGGUGGGGACACCCCCGGGACGCCGUUCCGGGCCUGCGCCUGCUCGUGGCUCUUCGCCUGGCACGUGGCCUGGCUCUCGGUGAUGCAGCUGCGGCACUACCUGUUCAUCGGCACCCUCAACCCGCAGCUCGAGCACCUGGCGCGCGGGGACCACGCCCUGGUGAGCACCUACACCAACGCCUUCGCCUUCACCCAGCUCUGCGGGGUGCUCUGUGCCCCCUGGAACGGCCUCAUCCUCGACCGGCACAAGCGGGGAAAGGGCCCCCGCCCUGAGGGUAAUUGUCCCUGCACCCCAAGGGCAACAGAGCCCCCAGCUUCAUGCCCUGAGGAUAACUGACCCCCAAGGCCUUUCACCCCAGGUGGAAGCGCACUCCUUGGCCCCACACUAUGGGGGUAAUCCCAGUCCUGUGGCCCUUGUCUCCUCAUUGCUGCC